AUGAUUGUUGCUUCAUGGAAUUGCAGAGGGGCUGGAAAUAAGACGUUUCCAGCAACUGUACAAGAAGUGGUGAGGAGGUAUGAUAUAAACGUCCUGUGCCUUUUGGAAACAAGAGUUAGUGGGUGUAAAGCUGAUGAAGUGGUAAGACGGUGUGGGUUUAGUAAUUGGCUGCGUGUGGAAGCGUCUGGGUACACAGGGGGGAUUUGGGUCCUGUGGAAUGAUCAUGAAAUGCAAGUAAAUUACAUCUGUUCUAGUACUCAAUUAUUACACUGUGAAAUUUGUGACUUGAGAAAUGGUGAAAAGUACCUUACCUCUUUUGUUUAUGGGGAAACUUCUAGAGCAAAAAGAAUGAAUCUCUGGCAUUCUCUGAGAACAAUUACAGGACACUUAGAGAGGGCUUGGUUAGUUGUAAGGGACUUCAACACCUUCCUAAAACCCCAGGAUAAACUUGGCGGAUCCCCUCCUAAUUACCAAGCUAUGCGUAACUUUGCUGAUUGUGUUUCAGAUACGGGACUUAUGGAGAUACCUAUUGUUGGAGAACGUUUUACUUGGGAAAAGAAGGGAGUGAACGAAAGGUUAGAUUGGGCUUCUGGUAACCUUGAAUGGGAACUGAACUUCUCACAGAGCAAGGUUACACAUGGUUUAAAAUUUAAAUCUGACCAUAGGAUACUUGUCAUUAAUACUGGCACUGGGGCUCCAAAUUCAAGAUUGACAACACGUCCUUUUAAAUACAAUGCGGCCUGGUCCAUGGAAGAAGGGUUUACGGAUAUAGUUGGUAAAUCUUGGAACAAUACAGACUGGUACAAUCUUCUGUCUGGAUUCUUAACCGAAAAGAAAUGA